AUAAUCCUUACGGGUUCUUUUUUUGCAUUUCAUUCAUUUUAUUAAUUUUUUAUAAUAUUUAUACUUUUUAUAAUAUUUAUAUUUUAUAAUUUAAAAUAUUUUAUAAUUUCUUAAAAAAAAAAAAAAAAAAAAAAAAAAAAAAAAAAAAAAAAAAAUGAAACACCAACACCAACAUCAUCACCAUCAUCACCAACACCAACAACAAAAUUUAUUUGAAUUGGAAAGAAGAUUUACCGUUCAUCGUCGUCAUCGUCUAUCAUAUUUAGAAAGAUACUCUUUUAACUUUACUCCUCCAGAAUACCUUGUAUUCUGUGGUGUUUUUGGUCGUGUAUUUAGAAUGUUCUUUAGAAGACUCCAAAGAAACUCUCUAGUAAAAUUCACAAGACCCUCCAUUGUAAUCUUUUUAAAUUAUCUAUGGGGAUAUAUGCCUGCUACACAGUUAAGCAAAGAUUACUCUGUUCCUCUAGGCCAUUUUAUGACAAUAUUCCAUAGGGUUUUGGAUAGCAAAGCUGCAUUUGAAAGCGAAAAUGUACCAGGUAGAAGAGUAAAUGGUAUUUUAAAUACUGAAAACUGCUCCAGUUUAUUGCUACUCAACUUAUUUGUUCCAGUAGAUGAUCAAAAAGAUUUUGUUAGAAAUAACCCAUUGUUCUUUAGUGAAAUGUACAAAAAGAAUGGUAUUACCAUUCAAUUAACCUUACUUGAUAACAAACUUGUAUCAAUUGAUGGUUUUAAUUUCGGUAGUGGAGAUAAUUUCGAAUUCGCUGGUGUUAAAAAUCCUCCAAAGAACCUAACAGUACGUGAAGUCAACAUUCUAUUCAAUGAAGAGACACUCAAUUCAAAGUUAAGAAACUUCAGAAUCCAUACACAAUCUGGCCACUCUGUCGUUGAUAUUCUAUUACAUGUCUCCAGAUUUUCUAUUUUAGGAAACGGAUCUUAUAGAAAUGACCCAGAUGAUAUUCUUAAAAUCUUCCAAAUUUUGUUUUAUCUUUCAAAAUUAUUCCUUUCAGAUAACCAUUGUUAAAAAUAAAUUAUAAAAAAAAAAAAAAAAAAAAAAAAUUCAUUUCAAUUAUUUUUAAAUAAAUCAAUAAAU